UGAUGAACAUCAUCUUACCUGAGUGAGAGUCCAGUUUGUUAUUAAUGUUGAUACAAUGAACGUCAAUGUGUUUAUGUUUACCUUUUAAUUCAUGAUUAGUUUUAACCAAAUAAUCUUGACCUUAACUUUAAAUGAAAUCUGAUUAAUGGUCAAUCAUCUGAAUAAAUUGUGAUCCAAUUGAUAUGACAACAAAUCACCUUUACAUUUGUUUUAAUUGUUUCGUGUUGUAAUAAUUGUUAACAUUACGGCGGUUACUCAAAUCACUCCAAUUACCCUUGCAAAGGGUAGUACAAUUUACUCAUUGCCCAUUGAAUUUGAUAACAAAAUGCCUGGUUACAGGUAUUCACCAUCAAGUCCUAAUUGUGAUUUAACGAGCCACCAUCUUAAUCUUAAUCAUCAUAAUCAUCAUCAUCCACUUUCCGUUGUCUCUCAUCCUCAUCAUUUGUUCAACAAUCACUCAUCUCACCUAACAAUCAAUAAAUCAACUCGUUCUCGUGAUUUUACAAUUGCUCAUCUUGUUUUAAAUGAAGGUGCUAAAGACAAUGGUACUAAGUUAAUUACGACUAAAUCAUCAUCAUCAAUUUCAUCAAAUGAUGAUUUAAAAAUCAACAAUCAUCACAACAAUUCAACUGAUUCAGAUGAUGAACAAGAACCGAGUCCAAAUCAUCAUUACAUCUUAACCAAUAACAAUCAUCUUAAUCGUAACAAUAAUCACAAUAGUUCAACUGAUUCGGAUAAAUUAAUUAUUACAACAAUUAACACUGAUAAUUUAAGUAACCAUAUUGCUAAUAAUCAUCAUCGACAAUCAUUGUUACAAGAAAAUUGUGAUUCUCGAAGUGACCACGGACAAGGAAGUGAAUCAAUGAAUAAUGAUAAUGAUAAACUGAACGACGAUGAUUAUGAUGAUAACAUGGACAGAAUGGAAGAUACAACUGAAUUAAUUAAUUGUUCUAAUGGAUAUUUUCCUAAACGAAAACAACGUCGGUAUAGGACAACAUUUACUUCAUUCCAAUUAGAAGAACUUGAAAAAUCAUUUGGAAAAUCUCAUUACCCUGAUGUGUUUACCAGGGAAGAACUCGCAGCGAAAAUUAACUUAACUGAGGCGAGAGUUCAGGUUUGGUUUCAAAAUCGUCGAGCCAAAUUUAGAAAACAGGAUAAGUCACCAAAUGGAUCAGGAUUAAGUCCGAACUCAGGUCCAGUCUAUAAUAAUAUUGGCCUUUACCAUGGGUCAUCCGCUAAUCCACCGACUCUUUUACCAAGUCGAGUCAAUUUAUCUCAAUCAACCGGAACUUCAUCUGGUUCUAAUGGAGUCUCAUCCUCAUCAUCACUACCAAAUGGAUUAACGUCUAAUCAUCAUCAUCACCAUCAUCCUAAUUCAGGUUCCGGUGGCGGCGGAGGUGUGGGCAGUUUAGGCAAUAUGUCCAAUGACAAUAUGCCAAAUCCAUUUUUAACCAAUUUCAUUAAUCAUCUUCAUCCAGAUACCAAAGGCUCAUCACCUUACCCUUCAAUCCCUUUGACCUUAGCCAGUUCACCAAAUGGAUUACCUGGAUUCGCUGGUUUCCCUUCAGCUGCAGCAGCAGCAGCCGCAGCCGCUGGAACCUAUCAAUCAUUGAUAAACAGUCGGUUAGCAGCUUCCAGUUUCAAUUCAUUACUAGCCAACUCUCAUCUAGCCGGUGCUAAUAAUCCGGCUUCAUUUCAAAAUCUAUUAGCCACCUUAUCAUCACUUUAUGGUAAUCAACACCCGAGUCUACAUGGUUACCCAUCAUCAUUUAAGGAUCUACAAGCAGCCGCAGCAGCACAUCAUCAUCAUUCAUCAUCACCACAUUCAUCUCAUCAUCCUCAUCAUGGUUCACCUCAUCAUCAACAACAACAACAACAACAUCAACCACCAACAAAUUUAACAUCAACAAACACAUCAUCUUCAUCACCUCAUCACCAACACUCUCAAUCUCAUCUACCUCCCUCAACAUCACCCACAAUCUCAGUUACCGGUUCACCAGGUAAACUAUCACCACAACCACCACCGAUCAACCAUUCAACAAACUCAUCCUCAUCUUCACCCUCAUCAUCAAGACCAAAUAGUGUUAACAAUUCAAAUGGAAACAGUAAUGAAUCAACAAGUAACAAGGAUAAUCCCAACAAAAGUAAAUCCACCAAGGAUCAUGAUAAAUUAUCGAUAACCAAAACAACGAUAAAAUCAGCAAAUGGAUCUUCACCUUUGUGCCUUGUUACAGCAAAAGAAUUUCCUGAAAAAUUGGAAUCAGACAAAAUUCCAACGGAAAAUUUUCGCUCCUCAAGCAUCGCUGUACUUCGGGCGAAAGCUCGAGAACAUGAGAUCACAUUGAGGCGAGAAAAUUCAAGUGAAAUGAAAUCAGAAGGAGAAGAAGAUAAUGAAGACGAAGAUGAUGAAGAUGAUGAUAAAUGAUGGCGAAAUAAAGUUAUCAUCAACAAUUAAGAAUUAAAUCCCAAUCAUGGUGAUUAACUUUCGUUAAUUCGUUAAUCCAAUCGCUUGGAAAUUUGGAUCAAAUUAAAAACCCAAUCAACUUUUGAAUCUCAACCAAUUUGCAAAACAAAAUGUUAAUUGUAAGCGAUUUUGCUCUGUAUCACCAAACAUAAUCUUACUCACCAAUUAACUAAUUGCUAACAAUUAAUUGUACAAUCUUACCUUCGCAUCGUCAUAAUUAUAUAUUAAUUAAGUCAUUUACUUACUUAAGGGUGUCCAUAUGAUGAAAUGAUUUCAUCUCUAAUCUUAAUUGAUUAUAAAAUACCUGAUAUAAUAAACAUGAUUAUUUAUAAGAUAAAUUAAUAAACAAAUAGUUCAAUUUACUUAAAUUGUA